AUGGCUAGCCCACAAGUGCUAGUUUUCGAUGCUGAGGGCCGCCCAGUGAAGUUUGACACCUGGCUAGACGACCUGCACCUCUAUCUACAGCUCACAGCCAAGGACGACAUCUCACUGUACGACCACGCCCUAGGCCAUGUCACUGCCUCUGCUGCUACUGCUGACAGCACUGCCCGCUCACAGUGGCAGACUCGUGAUGCCCACGCUCGCUUCGCUAUUCGCAACUCCCUGCCGAUAGACGAGCGUGAGCACUUUGGCCAGCACAAGACUGCACAGGCACUGUACACAGCUGUCGUUGCUCGCUACUCCUCACCUGCCUCUGCCACGCUAGGCCGUCUCUCCCUCCCCUACCUGUUUCCCGACCUAGCCUCGUUCCACACAGUCGCUGACCUCAUCACGCACCUCCGUACUAGUGAGGCCCGCUUCCAUGCCGCCAUGCCUGAUGAGUUCCUUGCCACGCAACCCCCCCCACUCUGGCUCACUCUCUACCACCUAGUCACCCGCCUCCCUGACACUCUGCGCGCUGUCAGGGAUCACUUCCUAGCUCACUGCCCCACUGAGCUCACCAUUGCCCUCCUCGAGAAGGAACUGCUUGCAGCUGAGGCUAGCAUCGUAGCUGUAGGUCGGUACUUGCGUCUGCUUCGAGCGGGCGCCGCAGCGGCAAGGGCAAAGGGGGCAAGGGAGGAGGUGGUGACGGCGGGGGAGGCGGUGGUGGGGGUGGUGGCGGCGGUUGGGGUGGUGGUGGGACUGGUGGGGCUAGUGGUAGCGGUGGGGGUGGUGGCGGCAGCGGCGGGGGAGGUGGCAGGGGCGGAGGCGGUGGUGGGGGUGGCGGUGGAGGCGGCGGCGGCAGGGGUUGGGGUGGUCGAGGAGGUGGCGGCGGCGGUGGUGGUCGUGGAGGCGCUGGCGGUGGCCAGGGCCAGCAGCACACUCCGUCGCCCCAGGAGGUCCGUGAGUGGGGAUUGA